CGGGUUGGGUCGUGGACAGGACACGGAGCGAGAGGAGUUGAACUCGAAACCCCUGUUCAGUCUGCGUGCGUUUGGGAAGGGUAACGUCGCAGGUGGGCACCUUCAAAAUCACGGAGGCGAAAAGAGGGGAGGCGAAUCGGAAGUAGCCGAUCUAGGGUUUCCUUCACAGGGCGAAUCCCCAAGUUUCUGGUCCCCGACCUGGGCCCUUCCGACCUCCCUCCAUCGUAGGAAGCGAAGGAAUUACAUUCGGAUCUACGACCGUCGUAGUUACUGCUUGUUCGAUAGCAUGGAUCGGAGGCCUUAAAAUCUGGGAAGAGGAUACUCUAAUCCACCACCGAAUUUAUUGUCCAAAUCUCGAAAUUUUAAGUUUUCCUGGAAGAUCUCAUCUUCCUGAGAUCUUCCUUACAAGCUGGUAUCCAACCCCCACUAUUGCUUGCAAUCGUGACUUGCCUGUGAAUUUGAAUUGAUACAAUGAGAACACACGAACGAGUCGUGAACUUUGCUCUUUUAGGUUUGACUUUAGCACCACUUGUUGUGAAGGUAAAUCCCAAUGUCAAUGUAGUUUUGACAGCAUGCCUUACUGUUUAUGUUGGUUGCUAUCGGUCGGUCAAGCCAACUCCACCUUCAGAGACAAUGUCAAAUGAACAUGCUAUGCGAUUUCCUUUGGUAGGGAGUGCAAUGCUGUUGUCACUGUUUCUUCUUUUCAAAGUCUUCUCCAAAGAUCUAGUCAAUGCUGUACUGACAUGUUACUUCUUUGUUCUUGGGAUCGUGGCUUUCUCGGCAACUUUAUUACCAGCAAUCAAGCAUUUUCUCCCAAAACGUUGGAACGAUGACCUCAUCAUUUGGCGUGUUCCUUAUUUCCAUUCUGCUUCUCUGGAAUUCACCAGAUCUCAGGUUGUUGCCUCAAUACCAGGAACUUUCUUCUGUGUUUGGUAUGCUCUGAAAAAGCAUUGGCUUGCAAACAACAUCUUGGGGAUUGCAUUCUGCAUUCAGGGAAUUGAAAUGUUAUCAUUGGGAUCAUUUAAAACGGGUGCCAUUCUUUUGGUUGGACUGUUCUUUUAUGAUAUAUUUUGGGUGUUCUUCACACCAGUGAUGGUUAGUGUUGCUAAAUCUUUUGACGCUCCCAUAAAGCUUCUAUUUCCAACUUCUGAUGCUGCAAGACCUUUUUCCAUGCUUGGCCUUGGAGAUAUUGUUAUUCCUGGUAUCUUUGUCGCAUUGGCAUUGCGCUUUGAUGUUUCAAGAGGAAAGCAAGCACAGUACUUUAGUAGUGCCUUUUUAGGAUAUACGGUCGGUCUGGUCGUUACAAUCAUAAUCAUGAACUGGUUCCAAGCUGCACAGCCUGCUUUGCUUUAUAUAGUUCCAGGAGUUAUCGGAUUUUUAGCAGCUCAUUGCCUAUGGAACGGGGAAGUAAAACCGUUGCUGGAGUUCGACGAAUCACAAUUGUCAUCGACCGAGAAGAGCAGUGGCGGUUCCGCAGAAGCUGAAGCCACUAAAGCUGACAAGAAAGUCGAUUAGUUGUUUGAUUUACUGUCGUUCAUAACAAUUCAGAGAUUUUGCUGCGAAUGAAUGACGAUUCGACUAGUUUAAGGAGAGCAUUGCUAUCAUCUAAUAGGAUUUAUGAUUACAGUCAUGAAUGACAAAUCUUAAUAUGAAAAAAAAAAUCUUAACAUUGAUCCAGUUCAUCUGGAUGUUCUUAGCUUGUUUUUCUAAUAUUGUUAUACAGUAUAAACUUUUAUAAUCGAGAUAAAUGAUUCAAUUUCUCCUUA